AUAUUUACAAGGAAAUCGCUUUGUGUAUCGUGAAAAUUUGGGUGGACUUUGUUCAACCUGUAAUGUUUAUGGUUAUGAAACUUUUAAUGAACUUGAUAAAUUGAUAAAGCAUCAUGUACUUAGUGGUCCAAUUCAG